ACGCCUCUGCGGGGCCGCUCCCCGGGCUUUCCCGCCGUCAUGAAGGACGUACCGGGCUUCCUGCAGCAGAGCCAGAGCUCCGGGCCCGGCCAGGCCGCCGUGUGGCACCGCCUGGAGGAGCUCUACACGAAGAAAUUGUGGCAUCAACUGACACUCCAGGUGCUUGAUUUUGUGCAGGACCCAUGCUUUGCCCAAGGAGAUGGCCUCAUUAAGCUUUAUGAAAACUUCAUCAGUGAAUUUGAACACAGGGUGAAUCCUCUGUCCCUGGUAGAAAUUAUUCUUCACGUAGUUAGACAGAUGACUGAUCCUAAUGUGGCUCUUACUUUUCUGGAAAAGACUCGCGAAAAGGUGAAAAGUAGCGAUGAGGCAGUGAUCCUGUGUAAAACUGCAAUUGGAGCUCUAAAAUUAAACAUCGGGGACCUACAGGUUACAAAGGAAACAAUUGAAGAUGUUGAAGAGAUGCUCAACAACCUCCCUGGUGUGACCUCGGUUCACAGUCGUUUCUACGACCUCUCCAGUAAAUACUAUCAAACAAUCGGAAACCAUGCAUCCUACUACAAAGAUGCUCUGCGGUUUCUGGGCUGCGUCGAUAUCAAGGAUCUGCCAGUGUCUGAACAGCAGGAGAGAGCUUUCACGCUGGGACUAGCAGGACUUCUUGGCGAGGGCGUUUUUAACUUUGGAGAACUCCUCAUGCACCCCGUGCUGGAAUCACUGAGGAGCACUGACCGACAGUGGCUGAUUGACACCCUGUAUGCCUUUAACAGUGGUAACGUAGAGAGAUUCCAGACGCUGAAGACUGCCUGGGGCCAGCAGCCUGAUUUGGCAGCCAACGAGGCCCAGCUGCUGAGGAAAAUCCAAUUGUUGUGCCUCAUGGAGAUGACUUUCACACGACCUGCCAAUCACAGACAACUCACUUUUGAAGAAAUUGCCAAAAGUGCUAAAAUCACUGUGAACGAGGUGGAGUUGCUGGUGAUGAAGGCGCUCUCAGUGGGGCUGGUGAAAGGCAGCAUUGACGAGGUGGAUAAGCGGGUUCACAUGACCUGGGUGCAGCCCCGUGUGCUGGAUCUGCAGCAGAUCAAGGGGAUGAAGGACCGCCUGGAGUUCUGGUGCACCGAUGUGAGGAGCAUGGAGAUGCUGGUGGAGCACCAGGCCCACGACAUCCUCACCUAGUGCUCCUGCCUCACCGUCUGUGGCAGCUGGGAAGACCUGUGUUCCUGAGGGAGUAGGGGGUGGGAUUGUGUUUGUGGAGUGGGGACUGUUCUCCCUGCUGUGAAAUCAGGACGUCACUCAUGGGGGGCCCGCCUGCAGAGAGAAGCCUCCUUUGUGGGGGUGUCCUGUAGCUCUCGGUGGGGAGGGGUCACGGGUCUCCAGUGAGGAGGAGGCGGGCAAGAGUGUGUGUGUGCCCCAAGGAACGAGGAGUAGCCCUCAAGUGUGUGGGGACGCCACUCAGGCUCAUCUCCACCAUCUACCUGUGUGAACAUCUCUUGCUGUUGUUCAAGAAUGUUCCUGUAAUAAACGCCUUUGUUUUGUCUA